AUGCCUGUGCCCGAACUAAUGGAUGUUGCCACUGCGCUGAGGGCGAAGCACAAGUCCAUCAGUGUGGUGGGUCUUGUAGUCGACCAUCUACCCCCAAUGCAUACUAGAGGAUCUUCAAUAUGUGUCACCUUCACAAUCAAAGACUCUCACUGGGAUACCCCAUCAUGGGCUGAUGGACUCAAGAUCAAAUACUUCCAUGAUGAUGAGAGUGCGGUUCCACCCAUUCAACGCAACGACGUGAUUCUUCUUCAGAACUUGAUGGUCAAGCCGUACAAGGACGAGACAAUAGGGGUCGCGUACAACAGGAACACAGUUCCAUGGGCCAUUUUUCGAUCAGAUCCAAAUCCCAGCGCGCCUUCGGGUUUCAUAUCAGGGCCUAUCCCUAUCAACCCUACCUAUGCGGAGAAGAGAGCAGCUUCAUUGAUUCUGACUAACGCGGAAGCCUAUUUACAUCAAUCAGGAGGCGCGUCAGCAUCAUAUGCUGCUUUACCUUCACAGACACCACGAUCCCAGGUAGUGCAAGCCUCUGUAGGCCCGAGAAAAUCCCAUCUCCCAUUUACGCUUGUCAAAGAUGCCAUAAUAGGCACCUUUGGUCAAUUCAUUGGACAGGUCAUCAAAGAUAACGAUUUUGAUUCUGAGAGAGUAACACUCUGGAUGACCGACUACACAUCCCAUGAAUCACUUACAGACUAUACCAAGGAGGAGAUCGGAGGACAGGAAGGAGAUCCCCAUGGAUAUUUGACCCCCAAGUAUGCCAAAAAGUGGCCAGGACCUUGGGGCAAAAUGACAGUCCCAGUGACCCUGUGGGAGCCACAUGCAUCCUGGGCUCGGCAAAAUGUCAAGCCAGGCAAUAUUAUUCUUCUUACAUAUGUGCGACCCAAGGAUAACGGCUAUGGUGGGAUGGAAUUUGCUGUCUCCACGGACAAGAAGUUCCCCGACAAGAUCCAUGUCCAAUUAACAUCUCCCGACUAUGAUGAACGGGCUCGAGAGCUCAUUCAACGGCGGAAGGAAUACUGGAAAGUCCAUGGCAUCCCCAAAGAUGAGGACAAAGAGGCGGGGAAUCUUACAAAGAAGAAGAAAACUGCCGGGAAAAAGAAGAAUGAGAAGAUAGAAGAAGGGCAGCCAAGGCUGCCUACGACCUCUUCCAAGAUGAAGCUGAACCCGAACGUUAGAUACCCUAAUAACGGCAUUCCUGUCCGCUCUCUGGAGUCCAUUUUGUCUGCUGAUACACAUAUUAAUACUCCUCCGGGCGGGAUCACCUACAAACUCCCAUUCCAAAAUGUUUCUUAUCUCACGCAAGCCCGCGUGGUUGAUUAUUUCCCUCCAAAGUUGGAAGACUUUGCGGUAAAAGUACCUAACAAAUCCAUGUUCUCUAGCGAUCACAUGGACAUUGAUGGCUCUCAUACCUCGUGGGAAUGGCGUUUCUGUCUCCUCCUUGAAGGAACAGACCCCAUAUUGAAUAAAAAGCAGCACCGUCCGCAGAUGAAGGUCUUCGUCUCUGGACCAGACGGAGAGCAUCUACUUGAUCUCAAUCCUACCGACCUUCGUAGUAAUGAAGGCUGUCUAGACGAGUUGCGUGAGAAGCUCUUCAUUCUUUGGGGCGAUUUGGAAGAGUGCAAACUCGCUGCAGCCUCUUCCCGGAAUUUGCCGGCCGCGCAUAAAAAACCAUCCUCUACACCUUUCAUCUGCUGCGUCAAAGAGUACGGUAUUCCUUGUACUCAUUUGAGGAAUUCAAAUGCCAUGGUUCUCGAUGAAGGAAUAUGUGGCCAGGGAGAUUGCCUGGGCUGGGAGAGACGAUUUGCCAUUUCUGGGACCUCAAUCAAGAGCUAA